CUUCCCCUUUUCGAUCCUUCAAUUUUCGAAUUCGUUUUUCAAACACAAAGCUUUAAAACAUUUAAAAAAAUGGCUGGUUCCAGUGGAAGCCGAUUCAAGCAGUUCUUGAAGAAGUACGGGAAAGUGGCCCUUGGGGUUCAUUUCUCGGUCUCCGCAGCUUCGAUCGCCGGCCUCUACGUUGCCAUCAAGAACAACGUCGACGUCGAAUCGUUGUUCGACAAGUUGCAUCUCCCGAGAUUUUCCGAUGAUAAACAGAACCAAAACCAGUCUCCGCAAUCGACGAGCCCAGAUGGUUCUUUGAUGGAAGAACCGACGGCGGUGAUCGAGGAGAAGAAGAAAAGGAAUCGGACGGUCGAGCUUGCCGCUUCCACCGGCGGAGCACUUGCGUUGGCUGUGCUUUGUAACAAGGCCUUGGUCGCCGUUCUGGUACCUAUCACAAUCGCGCUGACGCCUCCCAUCGCAAGGUUUUUGGCUAAGAGGAGGAUCAUUAAGAACAGUUUAUGAUUUCUUUUUCUUUUACAAGUGCUGCACAUAGAACUGUAUUAUGAUUGGUUGAAUCUUAAUUGUAUUGUUAUUAUUGUGAAAAUAAGAUGGAUAAAAUUGUAG